GGGGCCAGGAGACCGGCGGCGACUCAGGGGGUGAGGGAGCUCGGGGACGGCGAGGAGGAGGACGACGAAGAGGAGGAGGAGAAGGAGAGCGAGCAGCAGCGGUGGAAGAAUCGGACCGUUAACGGGAACCGGCUCCUCUACGGAGGCAGCAGGGACAAGUACUCGGACUCGGAGGAGGAGGAGGCGGCGGGGGCGAGGGCCAAACAGCAGGGACCGAAGGAGGAGUCUGCAGUUCGCCGGCCCAGACGGAGCCUCAGCAAGUCGCCUGCUCCAUUCAUAACAAGCAAAUGCGCUGCAGCCGGCGCUGGCGUGAUGGAGACGGGCCAAGAAAGGGCUGGCGGAGGCUGCGGUGCUGGUGUGCUCGUAACGAAUGACAGGGCGGCGGGGGCGGCUGCUGCCGGCAGUCUAGACAGGGGCAGAAAUCAGGAGGAGGAGGAGGCGGCGGCGGUGGGGGGAAGAGGAGGAGGAUGUGAAAAUCUGGACUCCAGUCCUCCCAGCCCCAGAUACCGCAUUGGCCUAUCCAAGAAAUCCCCGUCAGUAUUGUUGCUGCCACCACCGCUCACGGACGUGGACAGCGGCAAAAUCACUGACCCUCCAGGCACCAUUAGGAAAGCGACCAAUAAUCAUGUUCUCAGCGGUGCUCCUGGUAGCUGCAAUGUUGAAUCCAGGAUCUAUUCAUCUGCUAAUAGCCUUCCUCCGGGUGGAACCACCUCCUCCCUUAGACUCAACCACUCCAAUCAUACGGGUUCAAAUCAUACCUACCUGAAAAACACCUACAAGAAGAAUCUCUCUGAGCCCGAGGAGGAGCUUCUCCAACAGUUCAAAAGAGAGGAGGUAUCCACCACUGGAGGCUUCAGUGCACAUUACCUGUCCAUGUUCCUCUUAACUGCUGCAUGCUUGUUCUUUCUGAUACUGGGAUUCACAUACCUGAGAAUGAGAGGUUCUGGCGUAGCUGAGGAUGUGGGAGCCAACAUCAAGGAUCCCUUUAGAGAAGAACUCCAAAAAAUACAAGAGGAUGAAAUAAGUCUCAUGAUGAAGAGCUUGUAUGCACUUCAUGAUAAAUUGGCACAAGUAGCAGGGGAACAUGAAUGUGGCAGCUCUGUUCAAAGAAACCUUACCGUCCAGGAGGCAGCUGCAUAUUUAAAAAAUUUAGAUCCAGAAUAUGAAAGUGUACUUAACAGAUCAUUACAGUGGAUCUUGAAUAGUGGGGAAGAUGUUGGCAUAAAGUGUCUCAGCAAUGAUCCUAAUGAGGUGGAUGUCACUAACGUGACAGAUGUGAAGUAUCUGGAAUCCACUAGUCCAAAGAUGUCUUUCAGGUGUCGCUUCCGCCGUGCAUUUGUUAAUGUAACUCACAGAUUAUCAAUAUUGCUUUGGGGUAUAGCAAUGGUUUGGGGAGUCUUACACUACAUGAAAUACCGUUGGGCAAAAGAAGAAGAAGAAACAAAGCAGAUGUAUGAUAUGGUGGUGAAAAUCAUAGAUGUUCUAAGAAGCCACAGCGAGGCGUGUUCAGAAAAUAAAGAGUUGCAGCCUUACAUGCCAAUUUUACAUGUGCGUGAUUCUCUAAUACCACCUCAGGACAGGAGGAAGAUGAAUAAAGUCUGGAACAGGGCAGUUGACUUUCUUGCAGCAAAUGAAUCUAGAGUUCGUACAGAGACACGAAGAGUAGGUGGAGCAGAGUUCUCGGUUUGGAAGUGGAUGCAACCUUCUGCAGCGUGUGACAAAAUUUUAGUAAUACCAUCAAAAGUGUGGCAAGGCCAAGCAUUUCAUCUAGACAGAAGAAAUUCGCCACCAAACAGCUUGACACCAUGUCUAAAGAUUCGCAAUAUGUUUGAUCCAGUUAUGGAAAUAGGUGAUCACUGGCAUCUAGCAAUUCAAGAAGCAAUCUUGGAAAAAUGCAGUGAUAAUGAUGGAAUUGUUCAUAUUGCCGUAGACAAAAAUUCACGUGAGGGCUGUGUGUAUGUCAAGUGUCUCUCCCCGGAGUAUGCUGGAAAGGCUUUCAAGGCAUUACAUGGCUCCUGGUUUGAUGGAAAGCUGGUAACAGUAAAAUACCUGCGACUAGAUCGGUAUCAUCAUCGCUUCCCCCAGGCUCUUACUUGUAACACUCCACUGAAGCCAUCAAACAAACACAUGAACUCUAUGUCACAUCUGCGUCUUCGGACAGGCACAACUAAUUCUCAGGGAAGUUCCUGAGAAAACUUUCUACAACUGCUAGGACUGUUACUUGCAACAGGAAUGUUCCUGUUUGGCUGCCGUCUUCCUUUUUUAGUGCUUUUUGUAUGUAACACUUUAAUGAAUUAAAUAAAAGUUUGAACGUUCCAGAAGUCUUGUUUCCAAAGGGACUUAGCAAUGAGGCAGUAAUACUGAGCUGACAAAAAGAAAAAAAGUUGCUUCACAAAGUUUUCCGGGGCUAUAGUAAACCGAUGCAUUUAAGUUUUGCAUGAGGAAUACCAAUUUCAUUAUACAUUUGCAGAUGUGGUGACGUAUUUUUGCACCAAGAAGUGUUUUUGAUAAUACAAAAGCAUGGAGAAAAGAAGACUUCCUGUAUUUCCAUAGUUUCCUGUGAAAUAAUCUUGUGGGUAUUUUGUAACAAGCAACCUGCAGUUCCUGAUGGUGAAUCAGUUAAAAAAUUCAGUCAAUAUUAGUUUUUUGUUGCUGUAUAAGAAUCUUUUUUCAGCAGCCGGGGUGUGGGGAAAGUGAAUUUGGCAUUAGUGGUUGCAUAUCAGUGUGAGGGAAGAUGAACUGAUUGUAGAUGUACUGGGUUUUGUAUAUAAAUGUAAAUGCUGGUGGUGGCAAAAAGGGUUGUGUUCUGUGAGGAUGUCUGCACCGAAGCAGCAAAUAAGCUUCCUAUUUUAUUCAAAACCUAUUGUUUUAUAUGGUUUUGGCUGUUCCAUGACAAGAAGCCAAAUACCUAAAAGUAUCGGAUACAGGUUAAAUAUCUUUUAUAGGUUUUAUAUAAAAUAUCCGACUGAUUUUGUGUGAAAGGUCUGAUACCAAUUGUAAUGAAUUCAAAUUUGUGAGCAAUAAAGAAGCAAUUGGCAGAUACUGGAAAAAUAUUUUGUGAAAAGCUGUAUUUAUUAUACAAGUGUCAGGGCUGUGACAAAAUACCAUUGGAUUGACAUUCCCAGUACAUUAUAACCUGUUUUAAUGAACCAUUUAUGUGUUAAAAUUUUAAAAGGUACAUACUUCCUUGCAACAAUUUUGGCUCAUGCAAACUAGUGCAGCUGACAGUAAAUCUUGUAAAUUCCAAGCUUGUAAAUUUACUAAUGUUUACCUAGAAGUACAAAAUUGUUGCUGAGAAGCUUAGUUGCAAAUCUAAGAUUAUUGGCUUUACUAAUCCCCACUCUUAAAACAAUUUUAACUAUUAUCCAACUGAACAUCCUGUAGGAGGUGAGACUGGAAGCACACCAGUCCCACAGAUUUUACUGAAACUCACUUUACUUUGUAGAUAUGAUGGAUUUGCAGCAUGAACUUGCACAAAUAAUGCACGUUUUUCUUACGGUUAAGUAAACAUGAUGCACACUAUUCUGCAACAGGAAAUCCUAUUGUGCCUUACCUUUGUGCUUUUGUGGGCACCAUGUUUAUUAUUGGAGAGUUUGUUAACCGAAAAAUUUUAAAUCCUCGGUUUUAUGUCUCAGAUGCUAAUGGAUGAGUAUAUAUAAUAUAUAAUCAGCCAUGCAGAAUUCUGCUUACCAAGGACAAGUACAUAUUUUUGAUGGGUAAGUGGAUUGUGCCAGGUCUGGUAGA